UCUCUCUCUGCUCUGGUGCUCCUUGCCUCAGCAGCUGGGUCUCAGCAGCAUUUGGCUCUCAGUCUUUUGCUGUCGUUCAACGUUGUCGGUCGUCGUCGGUUUUGUGACCGCCUGAUUUUAGGCUAUUUCGCUGCCCGUGUUCGUUGCUGCUACUGUUGUUGUUGUUGCUGUUGCUGCUGUUGUUGCUGUUGUUGCUGUUGCUGCUGCUGCUGCUAGUUUGCGUUGCACGUCACCAUCGCACGCCCCCCGUUUAAGAGCAGCCCGCCCCGCACGCUCAGCUCGCAGCAACGUGCCGCGAACGCGUGUGUCUGCCUAGCCUAUCUCUGUGCCUCCGUGCCACAGCCACAGCCAGUGUCCGUGAGUGCGUCUAUAUGGGCACGUGUGUGUGCUUGUGGGCAAAUGUUGAAAGCAGCAGCAUGGCCCGAAAAGACAGCCCAAAAAACGUUGCAUACUUUCGGGCGCACUGAAUAAUGAUUUUUGUGUGCCCGCUGCGUGCGGUGUGCAAAUUACAAAUGAAAUGAAAAAUGCAAAUUGCAUUUUCGGCAAUAAUCUAUCACCGAAUACAAAAUGUGUGAACAUCUGCUGAAAAAACCCAAGGAAAGUCCAAUAAUUAAAUGUGUUAAGUGACAAAAAUAUACAAAUAUAAAUAAACCAACGAAAUAAAAUCAUAGAGGGGAAAAUAUGCAGGCAGCCAAGACGAAAUCGACGCUAAAAUACAAAUCUGACAUUGGCAGGAGCACGCAGCACACACACACACACACACACACACACACACGCCAACACACACACACACACGCGCGCGCACACAUACAAAUGUAUAACACACAAAUGCAGAGGCGACAACAGCCUGCGUCCUGUGCCCAACAUUUUGGCCGAUGAAUGAACUGACAUAAAACUUGAAGAGCAUAGCCAGAAAAGCCAGCACACAUUCACACACACAUACACAGGCGCACACACGCAAAUACAAUCAGAGCCACACAUAGUCACACACACACACUUAUACCCAACAUUGAAAAGCAUAUAAAAAGGCCAUUUUCGUAGAUUUCUGCGUGCCCUUGUCAAAGUAAUAGAAAUCGAAAUAGAAACUGCCCUGGAACGUGCCGCGCAUUUGCCACGAGAAAAUCAGCAGCAGCUGCAAAUAAAUUUCACGAAACCAAAAUAAAAAAUCCAAAAAUAAAAGAAGACACGGGCAACGACGUGAGCAGCUCCAGAAAGUGACAUACAGAGCACGAGAGUGAGAGAGUGGGAGAGAGAGAGGGAGAGUGGAGAAGCGAAAGAUAUAGACACGACAAGAACGCCGUUGAAGGCAUCCAAUUUUGCACGACCAGGCCACGCAACGGUGAUGUGGGACACAUCCCGCAACGGGCAAUGCAACAACCCCAACGUUAUAUACCGUCUGUAUCUGAUCUAUAUGGCACGGACGAGAUAGAACUGCUGCUGGACGAGAUACGUGAGCUGGAGCUGGAGCCGGUCUGCUGUCAGCUGGACGAUGAGCAGGACUUUGAAAUAGCUGGCAGCAGGGCCGGCGAGCUCUCGCUCUCACUCGAAUCGCCGUUGGGUACGUGCACCUCCUGGGACUCGCACGCCAACUACAAACAGCAACAACACACGCCGCUGCCAUGGGGCGUUGCCCUACACUGUGAUCCGCAACACUUGAAAACGCCUACAGGGAUUGUGCGCAUACUACUGGUGUUAUCCUCCGCCGUCUGUCUGGCCUGCGAAUGCUCCGCGGGCACUGUACAGGUUGGCCUCUUUCUACUGCCACUCAUCGGACGCCUGAGGCUGAUGGUCUUUUGUGCGCUCUUCUCGCUACUCAUCACAUGCCUAAUGCUCUUUCUCGAUAUAUCGCAUAUAGCGCUCAUGUUCCCAUUCAAUUGGACGAAAGUGAAUACGUGGAUGUACCUGAGUAUUGGUUUAAUAUUUAUUUUGAGCUCCACGCUGCUCGUCCACAUGGUGCUGUAUGCGACCGAGUAUACAUGGGUAUCCAAGCACUCCAAGGAUACGUUACUAGCCACAGGCCUAAUUGGCUUUAUUUGCGCAUUGGAGGCGCUGGUGCUGUCGGGCAUUGCCUCCUGGCCCUGGUCUCAGUAUCGCCAGGUGCCCGACGAUGCCAGCGAACUGUUCAUUGAGGAUCGCGAAAUGACGCCCAUGAGUCCCAUAAAUAGCACUGAUCUACAGUUACAGCCAGAGACUGGGCAUAGCCUGGCGCCGUAUCAGCACAGCAGCCAAAUUAAUGGCAAUGCAACGGCGGUCGAUACAUACAACCAACAACAACAAUCGUCCUAUAAUCAAAAGCCUUAUAUACCUGGUAAGCUGUUUGCUCAACAUUCAAACAAAUAUAAAACUCAGCGAAGUCGAAGAACAAAUAGAACAAGUAAGAGGCACUAG